GUAUCACACGGGUAGAUUUUCAGAUUAUCGAUGGUUUACUGAUGUGCCAACUCAAACCACGAGGUGACAGUUUUAUCUGGGUCUGCAAAGGGGUUCUCACGUUGCAGUAAACAACACCUCUGUGCAACGCACUUGACACCUGCUCACAGAGUUUCAGUUGUGGGAGUCGAGAGUUUGACUACAAAAGGUGGCGAGAGUAUGAGACCCCCCUGCCAGACAACUCAGCUUUGACUUCUGCACAAUGACGAUGACACAAACGUUGUGCAUUUUAUUUGUUUUUCAGUUGCUCUCUCCUACGGGGGCUACUGAGAGUGGCAUCGUAGGUGGCAAGGUCUCGAAGCCUCAUUCCAGACCCUACAUGGCAUCACUCCAGUUUCAGGGACAGCACUCAUGUGGCGGGAUACUCAUUCGGAAGGACUUUGUUCUCACAGCGGCACACUGCAAAAAUGGACGUGAGGACAUGACGGUGGUGCUAGGGGCGCACAACCUAAGCAAGGAAGAAAACAGUCAGCAACAUCUCCAAGUGGCUGCUUACCAUCCACAUCCAAAUUACGAUGGAAAGCAGGAGUAUGACAUUAUGCUUCUUAAGUUAAAACACAAUGCCAAACUGAACAAGUAUGUGAAGCCCAUUGGAUUACCCAAGAAAGAUGGGAAAACUCCUGCCAACGUGAACUGUGUCGUUGCUGGCUGGGGCAGGACAGGGGCCCAGGAGAUUGCCUCGGAUGUACUGAGGGAAACCACGGAGAAGGUUCAGUUCAGCUUCGAGUGCAAAAAAAUAUGGCAAAAACACUUCAACACCGAGCACAUGAUAUGCACCAAGUUUGACAGAAAGAAGGGAGGAAUUUGCCAGGGGGAUUCCGGCGGACCACUUAUCUGCAACAGCAAACCACAGGGCAUCACAGCUUUCACUUGCGAAAAUGAAUGUAAUAAUCCCAAGUAUCCCCAUGUCUUCACUAAAUUACAUUUCUUUCUUCCCUGGAUCAAGAAAAUUUUGCAGGAAUAGGGGAAUGUCCUAGGAGCCACUAUUCAGAGGCCACGCAUAUUUCCCUUUCUUCUCUUGAUUGUUAAAUAACAUGGCUUGAUAAACCAAACAGUUAAUUAAAAGUCUUACUUUGAAAAAGGAAUUCACGAAGCAGGGUAAAUUUGAAUUUGAAAGAAAUAUAUAAAAGAGAUUCUUGAAAUUAGGUUAUUUAACACAAAAUCUCUGUGUUCAUUUUUAGAAUGUAUAUCACCUUGCUAUAGCACGUCUUCAUUUCCAAAGUAUUUCCUCUUGAAAAAGUUCAGUGCACGCCUUGUCAACUAUUUACAUAUAUAUCUUUAUUCUUAAAACUUUGUUUAAAAUGUCUAUAUUUUGUAGCAGUCAUUUUUGGAUGAAAGUGUGUUUUGACACACUGGAGAAAUGGCAGCGUUGCAAACGGUGGUCAGAGGACCGAGAUAGAAAGUAUUUUCAGUAAGUGUGGUGGUUGUGUUGGAAAAUUCCACACGCACUCUGAUCGAACCACAGACCACUGCUGUUGCAUUCAUGCCUCAGUCAGUCAUAGUGCAAACUUUUGAAGUUGAACCGUUUUCUGUCUGUGAAACCCGUCAUCUGCAGAGAAAGUAUAAGAAAGGUGUUGUUUAAAAUUACAGCUUGCUCCUCAUCAGUCACAAUUGAAUUCUGGUUUUGGCGUGAAAGAUCCCCUUCGUCAAAAAUAAUUAUGACAUUUUGUUUUGUUAGUGUUAUCUUUGAAAAAACAUGAAUAAAGCCUUGAAAUGUGAAACUCA